AUUACUGGUCUGUGUGCUUCAUUUCUUUUAUUAGUUGUAAAAUAUUGAGUAGUUUACUUUUUCAUUAAAUUUAAAUUUAUUUACGUUUGUUCAUAUUAUCGUGUUACAUAUUUUGGUUUGAGCUCAAUGUGGAUGUUAUGGAUGCUGUUGUUGAUACUUGUUGUUUUAUGUGACUCAUUCCCAUUGUUGUGAAUGGUGUCGGUUUCGACGUUAAUCCGUGUUGUUGUUUGUAAUAUUUAUGUGGCCACAUCAUUUUUGUGAUUACGAGGUAAUUAAUUCCUCAUGGAUACGCCACCUGUGCCAAAACCUCGCAGUACGUUUCUGUCCCGGCCAGUACCUCUGCCACGAUCCAAAGCAUCAGCGAACACUGAAAGGAUCACGGCUUCCGAUGUAUUACGUUCCAUCAGUUCUGUUUCAAAACAAAUUACCGAAGAUGUUACACAAAAAGUCAGCAGCUCCGCAAAAUCAGCGAAUGAAAAAAUAGAUAAAUCUUUAUCAGACGGUUCAAGAUUUGCAAAAGACACUCUAGAAAAAACACUAUUAACAUCAAGAUCUGUUAGAGACUCUGUCACAAAAUCAGUCAUUGAAGGGACUAAAUCAGCCAGCAUCAAAUUGCGAAUAUCAAAGAAGCUCGAAACCCCUGGAGAAGAUGACAAUCAAAGAUCAGUCUCAAUGCCAGUCGUUGAUGUAAGUCUUUUUGAUAAUAUUCAGUUUCAUUCCCCUCUCUUGGAGCAAAAGAAAUAUGUCAAUAAUGAGGAUCGCCUGCACAAACUUCCAGCACUACAUUUGAACACUUCAUGUCUUGAUGAUCUUUCUCUGUUUUCUAGUAAUUCUGAUUCUAACACAGACACAGUAAGCAAUUUUUCAUAUGACAGCCCAGAAAAUGAUCAAACUGACUUAAGUUUGAAUAUGGAAAAUGAAAUGACUUAUGAUACACCCAAUCCAUCACAAUCUAGUAGUGUUGUUAGUAUGAGAUCAGCACCUCAAGUGCCAGAGAGAAGAAAAAAAAGAUUAAGUGAUACAGAAGUCAUGCGACAAAAUUCUUUGUAUGAAAAUUGGACACUUCCCCAUUCAUCGCCUAGCUCGCCGAACAUAAAUACUGACAUGAAACCAAGGCCAAGUAAGAGUACAAUAUAUGAGUUUGAUCCUUUAAAUAACAACGUAUCCUCAGUCAAGAAGUAUGAGGGGGUGAGCAAUGAACUCAUUUUGCUGGAAUCGUUUCUAAUAGGUGAUACCUAUGGCACAAUUAUUUCGAGUGCAGACAAUGGAAGUGAUGACACAUAUGACUUCACUGAAACUGAGUAUUUCAAUCCACCUACACCACCUGAACGUUUCGAUAGCCUCUGCCCUGAUACCACAACAAAAUCUACAUCUGCAGUGACAAAUGCUAAGGAAAUUAGUGAUAAGAGUGAAAUUAAUCAAGAAAAAGUGAGUUGGUAUGUAAAUGAUGAUGCCGCAUCAGUUUCAUCAGAGCAAAAUAAAAUACAAAGUUCAAUGAUGCAAAAAUUCUCAAAUAUAUUGAAACUUGAUACAGUAAGAGUCAGAUCAACAAAACAAAUAGUAAAAAAACUGGAGGUGGUUGAGCGCCCCCCAAUUAACAAGUUACCAGUGUCUUAUUUCAGUGGGAUGUUGAACAAAGUGGUCACGGGUAUAGUGGAGGAUUUGUUUAAGAAUUCUCAAUCCCGUUAUUGUGUGUUAUCAGAUCAAAAGCUGAUCUGUUAUUCAGAUCCAACAAACUUAAUUUUGAAGGAAGCUUAUAUGCUAGAAAAUAUACAUUCUGUACAGAUUGUCUUGCCAUUGUCAUCAAGUACAAUAAACAACUCUUACUGUUUUGAACUGACUGUUUCGACGGGGGUUCGCAAUGCACCACGGAAAGUUCUGUUCAGUUGUUCGAGCGCAUCAGAGAGACGCAAUUGGGCCCAAAAGCUUGCUGAGCAUCUCACUUAUGUCUUCCCAACUAAAUAUACCACUGAGUUUACAAGAUGUGGAUGGUGUUAUCUUAAGGAAGGAGUGAGUGGGGAAUGGCGUGGCGCGUGGAUUAUGUUGAUACGUCGCGUCCUCGUCUACUAUGCAGGCGAAGACGUGUGUCCUGUUGACCUGAGGAAAACUCGCUGUGUGGUGACACAGGCAGCGGACGCUGAAACAAAGCAGAUGUGCCCAUCGGACGGCAGUCCUAACCUAAUCCUGGACUGUCCACAUGCCACCCUGUACUUACGCUUCCCUCAUGAGAGAGAACUUAAGGGUUGGAAAUACAUGGUGACACUCGCUGCCCACAACAAUGGAGCUUUUAUUCAUCAUCAGCAACUUACAAAGGAAAAUAUUCCAGUCAUUGUUGACAAGAGUCUUAGCUUCAUCUACGCACAUGGUAGUCUGUCCGAAGGGAUAUACCGAAGGGCUGGUAGUUCGUUGGUGCUAUCGGAGCUCCUAGCACGUUUCCGUCGGGACUCAUGGUCGGUCCAGCUCACGCCGGGGCAGCAUUCUGAGCACGACGUUGCCGGAGUACUGAAGAGGUUCUUCCGAGACCUGCCCGAGCCACUCGUGCCUCAGGAGAAACAUAGUGCGCUUAUUGAGGUGCUAGAAAUGAGCGAGCCGGCAGCGCGUCACGCGGCGUACCGCGACGUGAUGACGUCACUGCCGCUCGUGGCGCAGCGGACCGCGCGCAAGCUGUUCGCGCACCUGCACUUCCUGCAGACGAUGUCGCACGCCAACAAGAUGAACGCCGAGAACCUCGCUUCGGUGUGGGCACCCACCAUCAUGCCCACCGCAGUGACCAGCCAAACGCUGCAGACCGCCUGGUCGGUCAAGGAGCACCACGUGGUCAGGGACAUGAUCGUCAGCUACGAGGAUAUCUGGGAGCCGACCGAGGCCGAACUGCGCAGGGAAGCGGCCAUCAGGCGCGUUCUGGUCCGGGUGCUGAGCAACACUGCCACUACCGCGCCCAAAGGCGCCGGGGAUCUGCGCGCCUGGAUAUACGUCCACGAUCGCAACACUUGCUACCAAGUGUCCCUAACGCCGAAUAAAACGGCCUCGGAUAUCUGCAUCGAACUCUGCGAGAAAGCGAAAAUGGAGUCUCAUCUACUCAUGCUCGAAGAAGUGAUAUGCGACGGUUCUAUGCGACGCAUCGUUCAUAUAAACGAAUUCGUCCUGGACGUUGUUUUACGUUGGGGCUAUUGGGACGAAAAUGACAGAAAAGAUAACUAUUUACUUGUAAAGGAAAACAAGAUACUUCACGAACUUGAGGCUCUCAGGUCCACAAGUUCCGUGUGUGGCGAGCUUCGGUUAGCGAACGAGUCUACGAAGGCCUUUAAACUGCAUAUGUUUGAAUUCAGUCAGGGGAAGUUGUGUUACUACAAGGAUAAACAGGGUUCCCACAAAAUUGAAGAGUGGGAUAUAAAGAAAAUACUCUGGUACGUCGGACACGAGCCGAAGCGGAACCCCCAGGCACAGUGGGCUAUCACUUUUAUACCUAAAAAUGAUAAACUCAAAAGAAGCAAAGAUCGGCCCUGGUUCGGCUGCACUAUGGCGGGCGCCGUUAAGACAGAUCAGCUCAAGUGGAUGGCAGCCAUGACUUACGCGGAGCAUGCCGAGAUACUACCGACCCCGAGGCUUAUCAUCACCUAACUGAAAAACACAAGUAUUUUACCCGACUGAAAGAUAUCGAGGUUAGCAGUUAUGUAUGCUUAUCGGUUCAUUUGUUCGAUUUUAUUUAGAAUAGCUAUAAUAUUUUAUAAAUGAUUUGUCAAAUAUUAAUUAUCCAUUCUUGGUGGAGUUAUAAAGAACAUUGGUUGGUUUUAGGCCGACCGCACUUUGGAUGCGUUUUCGUACAUGCAAACAGUCCUGAGCUUUAAGUAUCUUAGGAGCGCGUCGACUAAG